AUGGUUGCAUCAGAAUCAUGUUACGGUGUAGCGUUUGCAUCGGUAGUUACUGCCAAGGAGUCACUAUUCAGAGACGCUAUUCAUUUUUACCAUUCAUUGGGAUUUUCAACCGUUAAAGAUUUCGACAAAUUUAAGCACGGUCAAAAUUUAAUACUGUCUUCUGGAACUUCACAAGAGUCAAUCAAGGAAGUUUGGCUGGAGGCUUUCAAAUUAAGUGAAAUUGAUGCCUCUGGCUUCCGUGUUCCUCAACAAGAAGCUGAUAACAAGCAACAAAGUCAAGGUGCUUUGGUGAAGAUUCGCUUAGUAGUGACAGAGCCAGUGAAGGACGACUCUGCCAAUGCUUGCGUGGUUACCUAUUUUACGACCGAGCUUGACGAGAUCUUAAAGAAGUUUCCAGAUUGCGAGAAGAUUAGCGACGAGUUAGUUUUCAUCAAGGAUCCAUUAGGAAACAAAUUGGGUUUCACAUCUUUGGCUUGCAUUCAAGAUAAGGAACCCACCUCAAAAGAGACCUUUUUAGAGUCUACCGCUGGUAAUGAGAGUAAUCUUUCUGGUUCUAGCGUUGAAGCAGUGAACUUAUUAAAGCAAUCCCUAAACUCUACACAAAAGAAAAAGAAGAUCGCAGUUAUGACAUCAGGUGGCGACUCUCCAGGUAUGAAUGCUGCCGUCCGUGCUGUUGUGCGUACUGGUAUUCAUUAUGGAUGCGAUGUUUUUGCCGUUUAUGAAGGUUACGAAGGUUUAUUAAAAGGUGGUGAAUAUCUAAAAAAAAUGGAAUGGGAAGAUGUCAGAGGUUUCUUGAGUAUCGGUGGUACUUUAAUCGGUACCGCACGUUGUUUAGAAUUCAGAGAACGUUGGGGUCGUAAACAAGCGGCUGCUAACUUGAUCUCUGAAGGUAUCGAUGCUUUGAUCGUCUGUGGUGGUGAUGGAUCCUUAACCGGUGCUGAUUUAUUUAGAUCAGAAUGGCCAUCAUUAGUUGAAGAAUUGGUCAAAGAUGGUAAAUUCACUACUGAACAAGUUGAACCAUUUAAAAAUUUGACCAUUGUUGGUCUGGUUGGUUCCAUCGAUAAUGAUAUGGCUGGCACAGAUUCUACGAUUGGUGCCUAUUCCGCUCUAGAAAGAAUCUGUGAAAUGGUCGAUUAUAUUGAUGCUACAGCAAAAUCUCACUCUCGUGCCUUUGUUGUUGAAGUUAUGGGUAGACAUUGUGGUUGGUUAGCUUUGAUGGCUGGUAUUGCCACAGGUGCGGACUAUAUUUUCAUUCCAGAAAGGGCCGUUCCUCACGGUCAAUGGCAAGAGGAAUUGAAAGAAGUUUGUCAAAGACAUAGAGACAAGGGUAGAAGAAAUAACACAGUUAUUGUAGCAGAAGGUGCUUUGGAUGACAAGUUGAAUCCAGUUACUGCCAAUGAUGUUAAGGAUGUCUUAAUCGAACUAGGGUUAGAUACCAAGGUGACCAUCUUGGGACAUGUUCAAAGAGGUGGUACCGCAGUCGCUCAUGAUAGAUGGUUAGCCACUCUACAAGGUGUUGACUCUGUCAAGGCAGUUUUAGAAAUGACACCAGAGACUCCUUCUCCAUUAAUUGGUAUCUUGGAAAACAAAAUCAUCAGAAUGCCGUUAAUUGAAUCUGUCAAAUUGACCAAGUCCGUUGCUGCUGCCAUUGAAAGCAAAGACUUUGAUAAAGCUAUCUCGUUAAGAGAUACCGAAUUCAUUGAAUUAUACGAAAACUUUUUAUCAACAACAGUCAAGGAUGAUGGUGCGGAAAUAUUACCAGUUGCUGAAAGACUAAAUAUUGGUAUCGUUCAUGUUGGCGCCCCAUCAGCAGCUUUGAAUGCGGCAACGCGUGCAGCUACUCUUUAUUGUAUAUCUCACGGCCAUAAACCUUAUGCCAUCCUAAAUGGUUUUAGUGGUCUGAUUCAAACAGGUCAAAUCAAAGAAUUAGAUUGGAUCGAUGUUGAAAACUGGCACAAUAAAGGUGGUUCCGAAAUUGGUACCAAUAGAUCUGUUGCCGCAGAUGAUAUGGGAACAAUUGCUUAUUAUUUCCAAAAAGCUAAAUUGGAUGGUUUAAUCAUUCUUGGUGGUUUUGAGGGUUUCAAGUCAUUGAAACAACUCCGUGACAGCAGAGAGCAAUACCCAAUUUUCAAUAUCCCAAUGGUAUUGAUUCCUUCUACCAUUUCAAACAACGUUCCAGGUACCGAAUAUUCUCUCGGUGUUGAUACAUGUUUGAACUCUUUGGUAACAUACACUGAUGAUAUCAAACAAAGUGCUUCUGCAACAAGAAGAAGAGUUUUCGUUGUUGAAGUUCAAGGUGGCCAUUCUGGUUUUGUUGCAUCAUUCACAGGUUUAAUUACAGGUGCUGUUGCUGUUUAUACACCUGAAGAUAAGAUCGACUUAUCAACUAUCAGGGAAGAUUUAGCAUUACUGAAAGAAAACUUCAGUCACGACAAAGGUGAAAACCGUAACGGUAAAUUAGCUAUCAGAAACGAACAGGCAUCAAGUGUUUAUACUACUGAACUAUUGGCCGACAUCAUCUCUGAGUCAAGCAAAGGUAAAUUUGGUGUCAGAACCGCAAUUCCAGGUCACGUGCAACAGGGUGGUGUCCCAAGUUCUAAGGAUCGUGUGGUCGCUUCUAGGUUUGCUGUCAAGUGUAUCAAAUUCAUCGAGCAAUGGAAUUCAAAAAACAUAUCGUCUGAAGAUGACGGCGAUGCCGACUCUAAAGUUUUAAGAUUUAAGUAUGACGCUCAUGGCGAAAAAGUUCCAACUGUGAAACAUGAAGAUGAAUCUGCUGCGGUCAUCUGUGUUAAUGGUUCCAAGGUAUCAUUUAAACCAAUUGCUCACCUAUGGGAAAGUGAAACUAACGUUGAAUUGAGAAAAGGUGAAGAAGUACACUGGGAAGAAUUCACAAGAAUCGGUGACAUCUUGUCCGGUAGACUCAGAUUAAGAGCUGAAGUAGAAGCAAACAAAACAGCUUCUCGUUAA